CCAUGCGGACCCCCAAGAGUCUGAAGAUCGCAGAGACGCAGGCGCGCUUCAUCGCCGUGGACUGGGAGUCGCUGGGCUACAACAUCACCCGCUGCCACACCUUCAACGUCACCAUCUGCUACCACUACCACAAAACCAACCAGAGCAAAGCCGACUGCCUAGAGAUGGACCCCAAAGCCCCCCGACACGUGGUGGGCAACCUGCCGCCUAACACCAACGUCAGCCUGAAGAUGAUCCUCACCAACCCGGAGGGACGCAAAGAGAGCGACGAGACCGUCAUCCAGACGGAGGAGGAUGUGCCCGGACCGGUUCCCAAGGAGUUUGUGAGAGCGACUCCGUCGGAGGAUAAGAUCUCACUGCAGUGGAAAGAGCCUCUGGAGCCCAACGGCAUUAUAACCCAGUAUGAGAUCAGCUACAGUAGCGUGCAUUCGUUCGACCCGUCAGUGGCGUUGCUGCGGCCGCUUGUUCUGGUGUCGUUACCUUGGAACACGUCGCGUCACAACUUCACACAGCUGCAUCCAGGAACCACCUACCAGCUCCUGAUCCGGGCCAGUACCAGCAAGGGAUACGGACCCCCAACCACACUCAACGUCACCACCAACAUAUCAGGUAUGCAUGAGCUCGUGUUGUUACAUCAAAUCUGA